AUGAUUAGAUUAGAUUUAUUUAUUGCUUUAUCUGUUGCAGCAUUUUAUCAAAUGUUAAUUGGAGAUGUUGAGGUAGAGCCGGAACCUAAUGUGAACUUGUUGCUUAUUUUAUGUGGCAAUGAGGAAGCAACAACGGAUAACGAUUCCUUUAACUUGUUGUGCAAAAUCUGUGCAGCUAAUAUUAUCAGUGAUCGUACAAAGCUUUAUUGGCUUCGACAUCAACCACCCACAUUACUUCCAAAAGAAUCAACAUUAGAACCAUGGCAACUUUCACGUAUCAUGCUGCGUUAUUUCAAUGAAAAACUCACUAGCGGUGUUGCUGCAUUCUGUGCUUUUGCUCAUACAUUCUCCUUUGUGGAAAUUGGUGUCAUUGUGGAGUUUUAUGAGAGUGACAUACCACAUGAAGAAUCACUCUCAACAAUAUUAGCAUUACUUUCCGAUAUGGGUAAUUAUUUCUCGAUGAUCUCAAAGGGUGCAUUAUUCCAGCAAAAUAUAUUUCCGGUAACUGCUUUGAUUCGAACUUCUCGAAUAUAUGAUUAUGGAUUAGUGGCAAGUCUAUAUACGAACUGCAUGUUAUGUUUUGAAAAUGGCGUUUGUAAAAAUAUCUUACGUGGGCAUUGGCUCAUACUCGCAGUAAGUAAAGAGCUGUCACUAUCGAACGAAUUUACUUUUUAUACAGGUAGUAAUGCCACCGAACGGAAUAUAGUGAUAAUGUUAUGA